UCAGGGCCAGAUCACAGCCUGGAAGUGAGCUCUGGUUGAGCUCUUGGGAGCUUUAGGAUAAGGGGACUGGAGGGCUAUUCAGACAGACAGGAAAUAGGAAUUAAGAGGGAAAACAAUGCUGGAUUUGGAGCCAGAAGACAUGGAUUCCCAUGCUGGCUUUGCUCCUUAGCAGCUAUGGAGGCUGGGCAAGCUGCCUGGGUCUCCAAACCUCAGCAUCCUCAUCUGUAAAAUGGGGCUUUUGUUAGGCUCAAAGGAGGGAGAUAUAUAUAGCGAUGUCAAGAAAACUGUGAAGUGAGGUUUGCCUGUGAGAUAUGGGAGUUGGGGAAGAGGGCUAAUACUGCAGAGAACAAGUGACCAGGAGAGAGGAUAAAGGGACAGCAGAGCCACCGUGCCCUGCAAGGGGUGUGUCAGCCUCCGACAGAUGGUCCCUGAAGAGGGAUCAGGCUGGGGGGCAGUGACGUGCGCAGUGUUAACCCAAUACCCCUGGAGACUCCUUAUCCAGCCUAGGGGGGACAAAGGCCAUGUUUAGUAUCCCUUGGCUCUUGGGGCUUGUCCUGAGUGUAGCUUUGUAAACAAGCUGCACUACAGAUCUCAGGAUCGAGCCAUCUGAGCCCUGGACCUAGCUUGCUGGGCCAUCCCACCCAGGAGCUUCAUAGGCCUCUUACCAGCCCUUCUCAUGCAGAUGUUUGGAAGGAGAUAUCCUUUUCCAGAUGCAGCUGGACAAGGCCAGGGACAUAGCAGUGGGAUUUGAUCACUGUUGAUGUGAACUCUCCUGCAAGCUUCUCUCUUUGAGCAGCUGAUGAAAAUGAUCUAAGCUCUCAUGCCAAGAGGGCAGCCACAUGGGCUGAGACCCUCCUGGCGAACCACAUAGGCCCCCAUUCCACAAAGGCCUAGGAGGUAGGUUUUAUGGUGUCACUUCUGUGCUCCCCAGUGAUGCCAAAGAUGGGAAGAAGAGGGAGCUCAACCCUAGGCUCUGCUGUGCUCCAACACUUGCUGGGUACUGGGGCUACAAUGGGGAAUGAGACAGGCAUGGUUCUUGACCUCAGAGAGCCUACGCGCUUGGUGGAGAGAUAGACAUUAAUCAAAUAAUAUACAUAAAAAACAACAAAUGGGCAUACAUCUAUGAAUGCAGGAUGCUAGGAGGAUAGAGCAGGAGCUAUCUAGUGGGAGGGAGGAUGUCAAAAAAGCCUCCCCCAGGAAGCUGACCUUUGAGUUGAGUUCUGAACAGUGGUAGAAGGUACUAGGCAAAGAGCCUGAGGCUUGGGGGUGGGGAGACAGGGUGCAUCAGAGAACUCUAGGCUAGGGGAACAGUAUGUGCAACCACAGGAAGGAGUGGAGCAUUCACAGGCUGGAACACACAAAGCAAAGGAGAGUUGAGUCCAGGAGGUGACAAGAGCCAGCUGGGCCACAUGAAAAUGAUGGCCUUCACCCUAAAAGCGUUGGAAAGGCCCUGAGGAGUUUUAAGAGAGUGACAAAAUCAGAUGUGUGUUUAAAUGAUCACUGGGACUGUUUGUAGGGAGUGAAAGGGGUGCAAAGGGACCCAGCAGUAGAGUCAUGCAGCUGUCCAGGUGAGAGGUGACAGAGGUUUGGUCCUCCCAGCAGCAGUGGGAAUAAGCAGGACAGAGGUGAGAUGUAUCUCAGACUUGGAAUGGAAACGGGCACUUUUGGAUGAGCCAGAUGGCCAGGCCGCUGUCCACCCCCAGCCCUUCGCAGAUGCAAGCCAGGAAGAAACGCAGAGGGAUCAUAGAGAAGCGGCGUCGAGACCGCAUCAACAGCAGCCUUUCUGAGUUGCGACGCUUGGUCCCCACCGCCUUUGAGAAACAGGGCUCCUCCAAGCUGGAGAAGGCCGAGGUCCUGCAGAUGACAGUGGAUCACUUGAAAAUGCUCCACGCCACUGGUGGGACAGGAUUCUUUGAUGCCCGAGCCUUGGCAGUGGACUUCCGGAGCAUCGGUUUUCGGGAGUGCCUCACCGAGGUCAUCAGGUGCCUGGGGGUCCUGGAAGGGCCGAGCAGCCGAGCAGACCCCGUCCGGAUUCGUCUUCUCUCGCACCUCAACAGCUAUGCAGCCGAAAUGGAGCCUUCUCCCACACCCACUGGCCCCCUGGCCUUCCCUGCCUGGCCCUGGUCCUUCUUCCAUAGCUGUCCAGGGCUGUCAGCCCCGAGCAACCAGCUCACCAUCCUGGGAAGAGUGCCCGGUCCCGUCCUCCCCAGCGCCUCCUCUCUUGCUUACCCCAUCCCAGCCCUCCGAACCACUCCCGUGCGCAGAGCCGCUGGUACCGUCCUGCCAGCCCGGAGGAAUUUGCUGCCCAGUCGAGGGGCAUCUUCCACGCGGAGGGCCCGCCCCCUAGAGAGGCCAGCUGCCCCCCUGCCCGUGGCCCCCAGCAUCAGGGCUGCCAGGAGCAGCCACAUGGCACCCCUCUUACGAUCUUCUUCCCCCUUGCCCCCCAGCAUCGUGGGGUCCCCUGCUUAUGUGGCUGUUCCUGCCGCCGGGCCCUCUUCCCCGGGGGCAGCUGGGAGGCCAGCGGGAGCUGUGCUCUGCCACUCCUGGGUCUCUGAAAUCACUGAAAUCGGGGCUUUCUGAGCUGGCUUCUCCCCAGGAGUGAGGAGGGUUCUUUUUCCAGGAGCUCUAAAAACAGUGCUGUCUUCUGCCCUGCUUCCUGGCCCGGCUCAUCUCUCUGUGAAGGCAUCUUCCUCACCCGUCAGAGGCCCCUUCCUCCUUUGGCCCGUCUCCCCUCCUCACUGACUGUCCCAGCUUGCCAGUCCAGCUCUCCUGGAGCUGUUCUGAUCUUAGAGGCCUGGUCUCAUUUCUUACGUGGGACCGAUAAGUCCUGGGAGGGCCCCUACAAGCUUUGCCCAGACUCUUUCCUGUCCCGGCACACGGGGGGCAGCAGGCAUGAAUCUAAGGUCUAGGAACAAAGCUGGAACCUAAAAGGCACAAUGGCCUCAGGCCCCUGCUUGCCUAGAGAGUUCGGAACCCAGCCUGAGCAGUGACUGACUGGUGCGGCCUUCCCAGGCCCCCACAGUGUCUGCCUCCCUUCCGGAGCCAGUCGCAGAGCGGGGGCCACAAAGUGGUCUCUGGGGAAGCCCUGGCUACCUCUGCCCACCCCAUUGCAGUGAGCCACAGGACAGGCCCCCCUGUCCACCGCAACCAAGACUCGGGGCUUAGGGGCCCAGGAGGGCCUACUCGGGGGUCUUCCCUGCUGCAGACACUUUCCCUCCGGCUUACCCACAGUUCCCUGCAUAGAGAUGGGAGGUUUCUGGGCAGCAAUAAGGCUCUAAAACAGGGGGUCCUUACCACCAGGCCUGGGACAGCGCUCCCAGACAAGAGCCUGGAUGGAGCAGAGAACCCAGCUCCCUGCCUCUCACACGGUCACCAUCCUCCAGAUGCCUGGUCCCUGCUGGGUGCACAGCGUGGAGGGUCACGUUCCCAUGUGAUGGCGCCCCAGGAGGAGCCCUCUGGGGAUUCAGCACCAGACGUUUGUGCUGCCUGUUUUGCAUCCGGCUCACAGAGCCCAGACUGUGGGACAGCCAAGGGCUGUCAGGCGGGACAAAAAUAACUGCAAGGAGGGGCGAGAGGAAGGACAGUCAGAGGCGGCUCGGCCCUUCAAGGUCAGGCGGCGGGUCAAGGGCCUGAGAUCCUGUUCACCCGGGAUGCCACGCAGCCGGCUCUGCUCAGAGGCCAUUUCAUGACCCAGCUCCAGCCCUGGCCGCUUGUCCUCUAACGGAGGGAACAAAUGGCCUGGCCACCAUUCCCGGCGGAAGAGCAGAGACCGGACAGGAUUGGGGCAGAUGUGGGACUGACAUUCAGCUGGACCCGUGUUGCCAGGCCAGUUGUUAAAAUGUGGAGCCACUUCUGUGCUUGUUGGCAAAUACCUGCUUCCCUUGAGGGCCUCUAAAUGCCCCCCUGCCCCGUGUGGCUUUCCCCCAGGACCCCGCGCUGAUUAAUGCCCGGCCGACCGGACGGAGGCUAUGGCGUCCUCCAGCCGGCAAUCCUUGGUGCUUAUUCGCACGGUUAGUAAAUACUUCUUUCGAAUGUCACCCCUGGGAAGAUUCUUUCACCCCCACCCUUUGAUGGAACUACCCUCCCCAGAGACUAAAUUGAGGAGAUCCUUGGGCUCAGACAUAGAGUUUGCUAAAAACCCUGGGGGAAAGGGCCCUUUUGGAGAAAUGGGGCAGAGGGCAGAGAUCAUUUAAAUGACCCAGAAAUCUCUUUUGAAAAGGCCAAUUCCUCCAGGAGGCAUGAAGAGCUAAUGUAUUCUUUCAGUCCUCAGUGUUGGUUCGAUCAGAUUUCUGUCCUCCUGGAGGCAUCCAAGAUGUGCAGCUGCGGGGAGAGAGGGCAGCGUUUCAGGGAGUGGGUCACCAGCCAGGAGUGCUCCUGAUGGAGACAGACAGCGAGGGCAAGUCAGCAGUCUCCCAGGAGUUGGGAAAGGUGGGCAGAGGGAGGUGGCAGAAGGCAGAGCCCGACUUCACCUUUGUCCCAAAGGGCAGGAAGAACUUCCCUGCUCCUGUUCCUAAUCUUCCUCCCGCCCCUCCUCCUCCUCUCCUGGGCUAUCCCAGCUGACGGCUCCCUGCUCCCAGGAUGCCAGGUCAGUGCUGCAGUCCUGCAAUUUUGCAACUUCAUAGCCUGAGAAUACGGGAAACCCAUUUCCAUGUUUCCAGGACCCAAUUCCAGAAGAAUUUGUUGACACCAUUGAAUGAGGUGGAAAUGGCACAGAACUUUCAGCAUCUGAGUUGAUCUUGGGUUUAUUGUCCCCAAGAGAUGGUGGGUGGGAAAGGUGACUAUGUAUUUGUUUUUGUGGUUGAGGACUUGUAUCUUUUGUUUCUGUUCCCAAGCCUUUCUGGUGUCCCCGACUCCUACCCCCUUGGUGGGGCUGUAGCAGGCAUCCAAUAAAGUUGUUUUAGUUCUUCUAAAAA